AUGGCUUUCAGUGGAAUCAAAUGGGAAGUAUCUGAUAUCCGGGGUUCUGCGGGUUCUCUUUCUCAUGGUGUCGUUUUGAGAGGGCCUAGGAGGCCUCUUUAUACCUCGCCUCACCAUGCUAUAAGGAUAAUAUUGGGCUUCAUUUUUAUUCGUAUUUGGCGAGAACGAAUCAUUCAUGCAACAUAUCAUCGAUGGCCAGCCUUUGGAUCAUCAAUCAAGUACCAGUAUAGUUCCCAAGACACCGAGAAAUGCGAUUCUUGGCUCUUGUCAUUGGCACAGCCACAAGCGGAAGAAGCCAAUCAGCUGGCCGGCAAAGGACAAGACACCGAGAAAUGCGCGAUCCGUCAUUAUUUCCAGUCAUACCAACAAUCAACGCCACGUCCUCGUAUCCGCACCUUGGCUCCCCAGUCCAGAAGAUGUGAUGACUUGCGCAGAAUUCAUGUCUUGAUCGGCGCUUCUCUCCUCCAAACGAUGUGA